CUGGGCACCUCUGCCCAUCACCACCAACAACACGGGAGAGCCCGGGCACACCCGGCCAUUGGCUGAUCGCACGACAGGCUGCGCCCUGAUUGGUCAGAUGAAGCAUCAGUCAAAGAACGAAGGUUCCCGCCCCUUCUUGAACCAGCAGGUUAGUGUUCACCGCGGUGCAGCGCAAGACCCCGCGAAGCGCAGAGCCUGGAUUCGGGUGAGACUCGGGAACGCGAGAUGGAAAUGAAAAAGAGGAUCCACCUGGAGCUCCGGAACAGGACGCCGGCCGACGUAAAAGAGCUUGUCCUGGAUAACUGCCGGUCACGCGAAGGAAAAAUAGAGGGACUGACAGACGAAUUUGAAGAACUGGAAUUUCUAAGCACAAUUAACGUCUGUCUCAGCUCUGUUGCAAAUUUACCAAAGUUAAACAAAUUGAAAAAGCUGGAGUUGAGUGAUAAUAACAUCUCUGGAGGACUGGAAGUACUGGCAGAAAAAUGUCCAAACCUUACACAUCUCAACCUGAGUGGAAACAAAAUAAAAAAUAUGAGCAUAAUAGAACCUCUGAAAAAAUUAGGGAGCUUAAAGAGCUUAGACCUGUUUAACUGUACGGUCACCAACCUCAGUGACUAUCGAGAAAAUGUCUUCAAGUUACUGCCCCAGCUCACUUACCUAGAUGGAUAUGACAAAGAUGACAAGGAAGCCCCCGACUCCGAUGCUGAAGCCUAUGUGGCGGGUUUAGAUGAUGACGAUGAUGAGGAUGAUGGUGGUGAUGAGGAAGACUAUGAUGAGGAUGUUCCACCGGGCGAGGAGGGCGAGGAAGAUGAUGAAGAAGAGGAAGGAGAAGAGGAGGAAGUGAGCGGCGAGGAGGAGGAGGAUGAGGAGGCUAACAGCAAAGGGGAGGAGGAAGAAGCCGAUGAGGAUGGAAAGGGAGAAAAGAGAAAACGGGACCUUGAGGACGAUGGAGAAGAGGAGGACUGAGCAGCCAUUAGAAAAGGACAAAACACAGGAGGAAUGAGCCUCGUCACUUAGUGGAGAACUGAACCCCAAGACCCAAUCUGAAAAUUCUGUUGUAAUUUGUUUUACUUUCAUUGACCCUGCUCCUUUUAUUUCCUGGUUAUAAGGUUGCUGUGUGCUGAACAGACACCAAGCAAGGAGAAUCAAGCUUUGUAUUUCUAUUACUGCUCUUCAGUUUUUUAAAAUAGUUUUUUAAAGGUAAAGUUUGUGUUUUGCACAGAUCCCUUACAAUCCAAGACAUGCAGUCUUUCUAAAUCCCAUUUCUAAUGUAUCUGUUUUUUUGGAUGUGGUUUGACUUUGGUUACCCUUUUAAUGAUCGUAAGGAAAGUCUUAAGCAGAAAUUAGUGUUAACCCUUUCCUGCAGUGUCUGGCUGGUUAGCAGCUUAAGGGUUAAUCGGCCAUAAAAGCCAGGCAAUUUGGUAGAAGAGCAUGAUACAGUGAUUGUACCACCUCUCUGUCUCCUCUUAACUGAACACCAGCAUCUCAUCCCAUGUGGAGUUGGUAGCUGAACAUAAUAAUCCAGUUAUUAGAAAUACAAUUCUCAAAUCCUAUUUAGAAUGUUAGAUGUGUGCAGACAAUUAUGAGGCUGUUGUAUUAUUAUAAUAUGUGGGCAAAAUGUGUAAUAAUAUCAUGGGUACCAAGAGAUUCCAAUCAGCGGGUGAUAUGUGAGCAGAUAUAAAGGAUUGUUGUAGUUAGAGCUAUGGAAUUGGUUUUUUGACUUUACAUAAGAAAAUCAGGUGCACUUUUUUUGGUGUGCAUCAAGAAGAUUGAUGUAAUGGGGGUUGGCUAGUACAUCCUAUACAGUGAUCUGUGUUCAUACACCUCUAGAUACAUACAUAGAAAGCAGUGUGGUGGAGUAGCUAGUGAACCCACAGGACCAGUUAGUAAAUAAGGAUCAUGUAGCUAGGCCGGUAGAGUCCCUUGCAUUUUAGAAAAAUAAGUGAGUGAUGAUUUUCUUUCUUUUAAUUUGGUUUCCUUUAGUUACAUGUUGUUUGUUGUUGUCGUUAAGCAAUUUAAUUAAAAGGCAGAAUAAGUAUUUCUGUAAUGCUCUCAUUAUAGAUGUGCUAAUUAAUCUCAAUCUGAUUUGAUCAUUUACCAUCUGGCUUUUCUUUUUUGUAAUCAGGCAAAUAGCAAAGUGUGGUAGCAUACACCAACCAAUUGGAAUUCAUCUUCUAAUGAACAGAGUUUAGCAAAUAGAAAUCUGAUUGGUUUCUAAUGGUUACUACAUUAGGACCGCUCUUUGCACUGCUUCAAUGAACAGGUCUGCGCUUAGUACUAUUACAGGGUUUAGUGGAAUCAGUGCAAUCUAAAAUAAGAAUUCUACUGGGAGAAUGUAGCAUGUCCUCGCUGACCUUGUAACAUAGCAAAGUCUUUAUGCAGACCUAAUGCAUCAAUGUUUUAGGGAAUUACUACAACACUGGAACCUCAAAUCCUGAUUGGGUAUCCCAGAAUGAGCUGUGCUGUGAUGACAUAAGGAUGAGGUUUGUAAGGGGUAGAUAUGACACAGGUAUAGCAGGAUAAGAGAGCAAUGGUGGUAGAGGAAACAAGCUCUUUCAGUCUGUCAUAUUACUGGCACAUUAGUUUUAUAGUAAAGCGGAUUGUUUAUAUAACUGAUUACAAACACUUUAUACUAAAUAUUAUAGUAG